CUGUUCUCUACGUUUAUCUUCAGGUUUCUGUUCUCUUCAGUCUCCGGGAUGCGGUGUCGAUACGCUUCCCACUCUCUAUGCCUCUAAAACACAGGACGUCUAUCUAUGAACAUCACAACAUCAAAGGUUAUGCAGUUUGGUUCCUGAGAGAUCUCCUUCACCACACAACUGUCGUGUGCUUUUGUUUGUCAGGAUUAAAGUUUCCAGUGAUGAUCGGCCUGUGAGCAGUUCUCAAUGGCUCAGAGGAAGAGGCCAGGGACCAACAGCAGCAUGGCCACAGAGCCUCACACUUCAGUGCCACGCUCCUGCCCAGCCCCGUAUCCCGACCCUGUGCACCCUAAAGAGGAGUAUGAAGAGCGCCAGGACCCUGAGGUAUCCCAACACUCCUACCACAACCAAGAGGAGGCAGAUUUGACGGACAGCCGACCAGCCACGCCCACCUCUCCAGACCACGCCCACAGAGACUACCACAGCCACCCGGACAGUCUGGAUGGAGACUCUAGCUCAGACUAUGUCAACAAUACAUCUGAUGAAGAAGAGGAUGAUUUUGACGAAGGGCUGCCGGAGGAGGAUGAAGGUGUGACGUAUUAUAUCCGCUAUUGUCCUGAGGAUGACAGCUACCUGGAGGGAAUGAACUGCAAUGAGCCUGAGUACGGACACCCGGACGGUCACAUGAAGCCGCCUCCGGACACGGAUGAGUGCCAGGAAAGGGUUGAUGAAUGGGUGGAGGGAGAGGACGAUGCACAUGGUGAUGAUGGAGAAGUGCGUUGUGAAGUACUCGAGCAGGACUGUGACCAGCAGCUGUAUGACGGCAGACCCGAGCCUGUCCUCGAUCACCACCACCACCAACACUCUCCAGAACCCCACCAGGACCAGAUUCCGCCCUCCGGUGAAGAUCAAGAAGUGCAGGAUGUUGAAGGAUGUGAGGGCUACUGCCCUGAUCAGGAAGACGUACUGCAGGUGGGGCAAGACAGAGGUGGUUACGCAGGAGACUAUUAUGCCACAGAGGAAAAUGGAAACUCUGUACAUGUGUCACCUUACAGGGGGCAUAAGAGCACAGAUGGAGAGACCGGAGAGGAGGCAGAGGAGGAUAUUGAUCAGAUAGUAGCUGAGAUUAAGAUGAGCAUGAGCAUGGGCAGUCUUAGCAGUGGUACUGAUCAGAGUCCAGAGGAACUGGCACUUGAUCCAGCACCAAGCGGCUACCAGCCAGAGACACGCUCCAAACCCGAGCCUGCCCCUGCCCCAGCCCCUGCCCCAGCCCCUGCUCCUCCUACAGUCCCUUCCUCAUACCCUCAGCCUCACCGUCAUGACGGAAGACCCAAAUCCCUCAACAUUCCCCCUGCCAGACACAAUCCUGAGCUCCAGAGGAACUUUAAGGUACGACCUCACACACCAGAGGAGAGACAGAGAUGGACGCAGGACCACGUGAGAGAGCAGGUGUCCAACAGUGCAGAACAGCCAAGGAAGCAGCAGCGGUCUGAUCUCAAUGGAUCACUGGAGAACAACAAUGUCCCUGAGUCAACAAAGAAGACGGCCUCAUUUCCCAGCUUCGUGGAUGUGCCGGGCCCCUGUGAGCCUGAGGACCUCAUUGAUGGGAUUAUCUUCGCUGCAAACUACCUCGGCUCCACUCAGCUCCUGUCGGAGAGAAAUCCAUCCAAAAACAUCAGGAUGAUGCAAGCCCAGGAGGCAGUGAGCAGGGUCAAGAGGGUACAGAAGGCAGUCAAAAUCAAGAAAAAGGCGAAUCCAGAGGGAGAUGCUCAGACUUUGACUGAGGUGGAUCUUUUCAUCUCAACUCAAAGGAUCAAAGUACUCAAUGCAGACAGCCAGGAGACCAUGAUGGAUAACGCUUUGCGUACCAUCUCAUACAUUGCUGACAUCGGGAACAUUGUGGUUCUAAUGGCAAGACGCCGCAUGCCACGCACCGCCUCACAGGACUGCAUCGAGACCACCCCCGGAGCCCAUGAGGCCAAGAAGCAGUACAAAAUGAUAUGCCACGUAUUUGAGUCCGAGGAUGCCCAGCUCAUAGCACAGUCCAUUGGUCAGGCAUUCAGCGUGGCCUACCAGGAAUUUCUCCGAGCCAAUGGGAUCAACCCAGAGGACCUGAGCCAGAAAGAAUACAGCGACAUCAUCAACACACAGGAGAUGUACAAUGAUGACCUCAUCCACUUCUCAAACUCAGACAACUGCAAAGAGUUGCAACUGGAGAAGCAGAAGGGGGAGAUUCUGGGCAUAGUUAUUGUGGAGUCUGGCUGGGGCUCUAUUCUGCCCACUGUCAUCCUGGCAAACAUGAUGAAUGGAGGCCCUGCCGCCCGUUCUGGGAAGCUCAGCAUCGGUGACCAGAUCAUGUCAAUCAACAACACCAGUCUGGUGGGGCUGCCUCUCGCCACCUGUCAGGGAAUCAUCAAGGGCCUGAAAAACCAGGUGCAGGUGAAGCUAAACAUCGUGAGCUGCCCUCCUGUAACCACAGUUCUCAUCAAGAGACCAGACCUCAAGUACCAGCUGGGUUUUAGUGUGCAGAAUGGCAUUAUCUGUAGUCUAAUGCGAGGAGGUAUUGCAGAGAGAGGAGGCGUGCGGGUUGGUCAUCGUAUUAUUGAGAUAAAUGGCCAAAGUGUUGUGGCCACGGCACAUGAGAAAAUCGUCCAAGCUCUCUCCAAUUCUGUUGGCGAGAUCCACAUGAAGACUAUGCCAGCUGCCAUGUUUAGACUCUUAACUGGUCAGGAGACUCCCAUGUAUAUAUGAUCUGAGGUGGACUUCAGCUGAGAUACAUAACCCUGGGCACUGGGAAAUGUCUGAAUGCAGCAGUCACCAUUUUCAAUUUAUCUUCACCAAAAACAACUCCCAUCACCGUUAACAUUACUUAAGAGCUAUGGUGUGUCAUUUCUGCAUAGUGUGGAUUCUUUUUAAUUUGUCAUGUUUGCUCUUGGGUGUGUGCACAGCCCGAUGAUGAUGAUGAAGAUGAAAUCGAUGCAUCUCAAGUCGUGAUGCAAGGGGGCACUUUGUACAUUUGAUUUUGAUGCUACUCUUUAAUUUAUUUACAAUUAUGUACGUGUGGACAUUGUUGGAGAGAUGCAAGUUUGCUUUGUAAAUAUGUAAUCGUUAUAUCAAUAUCAGAAAGGAAUGGAAAAGCCAGAGAAAGAAGUCCAGAGAGAAGCCCAAAACAUCAAACCUAGUGACCAUUCCAGAACGUUUGUUUCCGUUAUUAGGACAUAAAAGAUUGGAUAUUAUACUUGUUAUCUGGUUAUUAUCUGGUUUUUAUUUAAUUUUUCCUUUUAUUUAAUUUUUUUUUUAAUCAAAUGCACACUUAAUCAGUACAAGUCCCUUACAUAUAAAUAACUGAAUUUACUGCAGCAAAUGUGGCAAAAUGUGACAUGACGUAAAAAAUAAAAAUAAAAACUCAAUGAUUACAUAAUCCAGACUAAUAGAACUUUGCAAGACUGACUAGUAUCAGGGACUUUAUCAACAGAGGAGAAUCGUUUCACACUGAUAGCCUUCAUCAAUGGAGAAUUGUCAUCUAGUGGGCAUUAAAACAGCAAAUUUUGAGAGUAGUUUUUUACUUCCAAGCGAGCGAAUCUUUUGUAAAAUACCGUAUGUAAACAAUUUGUGGAUUUCUCCCAUGCUGUAAUAAUCCAAACAUUCUCUUGCCAUGCUGUAAAUGAAGGUUGUUUCAAGCUCAAAAACACUGAAUGAAAUGUAAGAGUUUAUUUUUUAUGUGUGCUUUUUUUGUGUAUGCCCAGCUGCAACUCAUUUGAGUCUGUGGUGAAUGUAAUAGUGUUGUUAAUAGUGUGUCCACUUCCUUAAGCAGUAUUAGAAUGUCUGUACAUAAACGUUUACCUUGUUUAGUACUGUGUCCAUGUAGGAAUCACUGUUAGUCUCAUUUUAUCUUUGUGAGGCUUGGCCUUGGGAAAAUAAUAAGACACUGUGACCAAAAGCCUUACCGCUGGGUAGGAAAGCUUUUGAAAACCGUAAUAAAAAAAAGAGUCAUGAAACAACUAAUAAUACAUGAACAUAAAUACCUGUUUGCAUGCAUCUUAAAAUGACACUAUGGCAAAAUAAUAAUAAAGUGUAACAUAAGCCCUU